AUUUCGUACCGUUAAGACGUCUGCCUUCUGAGGAUCUCUCAAAUAAUAUUAAUAAAUUUCUGAAAUUAAAUAAUUUGAAAAUUAUUUAUUAAUAAAUAACAUUAAAAAAGAACAGCACUAGAAAAAUGUUGUCAAAAAAAAUCAUAAAAUGCGGGAUGACAAAUUUAUAAAGUGUGUCUAAUAUAAUUUAAUUGUUAAAUAAAUGAUGUGAAUUGAUAAAUAAUAACUUUAACUAUUACCAAACAAAAAAAAAACAAAGGGAACAAAUAUUGAACCAUUAAAAAGAAUUUUUGAACAAAACUAAAUUUACAGAAAUAAAAUCAGAAUAAAUAAAAAAUUAGAAUCAAAUUAAAAAUAUAAAAGAAAUAAAGUAAUCGUAACCAUCAUAGUAAAGUUCCAAUGAUGAAUGAUACAAAAAACACUAAUUUUGGUGUAAUAUCACCACAAAUACAAUUGAAACCAACACCACCAAUACAACAACCACCGUCAUCUUUAAUAUCAAUUUCAAAAUCAAAAAAUGAUAAUAAUAAAUUUUUAACAAGUAAUGGACCAACAACAAUAUUAAAACAACCACAACAACAAAUAAUUUCUGAUAAUAUUAAUGGUAAAAAAUUUUCAAAAAGUGUUCAUAAUAAUUUAAAAAUUACUUCAUCAAAUUUAACAAAUAAUAAUAAACAUGAUUUUGAUAAUAAUGAUGAUAUCAAUGAUAAUAAUGAUAAUAGUCAUCAUAAUAAUAUUAUAACAACAACAAUAAAUAGUGAUAAUCAAUUAAAUAUUGAAGAAUAUGAAAUGAAUCAACAGAAUGAACAACAUCAACAACAACAGAAUCAAACACAGCAGCAGCAGCAACAACAACAACGACUAAUCGAAGAUAAAAUUUAUGGUUGGGGUAAAUUUCAACCAAAAUUUUUACAACGUUUUUGUACCGCUAAAUGGGCAUUAUUUUGGUUAUGUUGGGCUGGUGCAAUGCAAGGACUAAUCGUUAAUGGUUUUAUAAAUGUGGUAAUAACAACAAUAGAACGUCGUUAUGGAUUACGUUCAAGACAAACAGGUCUUGUAGCAAGUGGUUAUGAUAUUGCAUCAUUUAUAUGCCUAGUACCGGUAACAUAUUUUGGUGGUAGAUUGAAUUCAUCAAAACCACAUUGGUUAGGAUGGGGUGUUAUAUUAAUGGGUAUGGGAUCAUUAACAUUUGCUUUACCACAUUUUUUAGUUGGACAAUAUCGUGCUAGCUCAGCUGAUAUAAAUGUUUGCUCAAGUAAUAAUGGAACCGUGCAGAAUUGUGAAUCAUUAUCGACAACAUCACAUAGUACAGAAAAUUUAACAUGGAAUGUAUGGUUCUUUUUCGCUGCUCAAUUAUUACAUGGUGCCGGAGCAUCACCAUUAUUUACACUAGGAGUAACUUAUUUAGAUGAAAAUGUUUCAAAGAAAAUGUCUUCUGUUUAUUUGGGAAUUUAUUAUACAAUGGCAAUAAUUGGACCAGCUGUUGGUUAUGUAGUUGGAGGGCAGUUACUAUUAAUUUAUACUGAUUUUAUGACUGUAGAUUCAAAACUAUUAGGAUUAACACCACAAAGUAAUGUUUGGAUUGGUGCAUGGUGGAUUGGUUUUGUAUUUGCAGCAGUUGCAUGUAUUAUUUUAGCAAUACCAAUAUUUGGUUAUCCAAAAUCAUUACCUGGUUCAGAAGAAUUACAACAAGAAAAAAUAUCUGAAGCACAUCAUGGUAGUUCAUCAACACAAAAUUUUACAAAAUUACGUGAAAUGCCAAAAGCUUUAAUAUCAUUAUUAAAAAAUCCAACAUUUUUCUUUUUAAAUUUGGCUGGUGCAACAGAAGGACUUAUUAUUGCUGGUUUUGCUGCAUUUUUACCAAAACAAAUUGAAAAUCAAUUUAGUAUAUCACCAAUAUGGGCAGCAUUAUUAAUGGGUGUUAUAACAGUACCAGCUGGUGGUGGUGGUACAUUUCUUGGUGGUUAUUUAGUAAAAAAAUUAAAUUUAUCAUGUUCCGGUAUAAUUAAAUUAUGUUUAAUAGCAACAAUAAUAGCAACUGCAUUUACAACAGUAUUUCUAUUAAAUUGUCCUAAUUUAAAUUUUGCUGGUGUUACAUCAAAUUAUGAUAUAUCAAGGAUAUCAAUGAAAUUAAAGGAUACUAAUAAAAAUUCUAAUGGAAAUAAUAUAGCGGAUAUUGUAACAACAACUACUGAUAGCAAUAUAAUGGACUACAGUGAUUAUGAUUUAAAAGAUAAUUGUAAUUCAGAUUGUAAUUGCAAUAAAUUAAAUUAUGAUCCAAUAUGUGGUAGUGAUGGUAUUAUGUAUUAUUCACCAUGUUAUGCCGGUUGUGCAGAAGAAACAAGUUUAGAUAAUUCAAAAAUUUAUUUAAAUUGUCAAUGUAUUCAUUCACCAAAGAAUAGUAGUUAUGAUGCAAUAAAUACAAUGUGCGAAUCUUCAUGUACACAUUUACCAUACUUUAUUGGAUUCUGUUUUGUUUUGAUGUUAUUUACAUUUUUAGCUACAAUGCCAGCAUUAUCAGCAACAUUAAGAUGUGUUCACGAUGACCAACGAUCAUUUGCAUUAGGUAUACAAUGGAUUAAAGUACGACUUUUGGGUACAAUACCAGCACCAAUGAUUUUUGGAACUUUAAUAGAUGAAACAUGUAUAUUAUGGCAAGAAUCUUGUGAUGAUUAUGGUGCAUGCCUAGUUUAUGACAAUAAAUAUAUGAGCCGUUAUAUGUGGAUAUUAGCUCUGAUUGGUAAAGCAUGUUCUGUUAUAUUCUUUUUUGGCGCAUGGUGGUUUUAUAUCCCGCCCAAACCUAUACAAUUGUUAACAAAAAAUGAAAAUGAAACAGAAAAGAUAACAAUUUCAACUGAUGAUAUUAUUGAUAAUAUGGAUGGUAGCAAUGGUGGUGGCAAUUGUCAUGAUAGUAGUAUUAUUAAUACUAAUAGCUGUGGUGAAUUACUACAACAAUCUAUUACGGAUGAUGAUAUUAAACAAUCUAUUUUAUUAACACAACAGGUUGUUGUUACAGGUGGUAAUAAUAACGGUAUUACAAAUAAUAAAUAUGGUAUUGGUAUUGAGGAUGAUGCAAAAUCUAAAAUAAAAACAACAACACGAAUGGAAAAUGGAAAAAUUAUUCCAACGCAUGACAAAUGCAAUGAUAAUGAAUGUGGUCGAUAUUAAUAGAACAAUUCAUUGCAAAAUAAUACAAUAAUACAAUAAUAAUUAUUAUGAAUGAGAAUAAAAUAAUUUUAAGAAAUUUUUACUUAUUUAUUAUUAUCUAAUAAUAAUCGUUAUUUAAAAUUAUUUAUUAAACACACUAAAAUCAGUAAUAAAUUUAAAAAAUAAAAAACAAUAAUUCUCUUAGGCACAUCAUUUAAAGUAAUUGUAUAUUAUUAAAAAUAUAUUGAAGUUUUCUGUAUACUGAUUCUAUAGAAACUCUAUAGACUUUCAAAUUUCGAUAUUACAUUAUAAAAAUUUUUUGAAUAAUAUCCCAUUACCUCAAAUGAUAAGUUUAAGAGAAUAUUGGUAUAUAAUAUUAAUAAGACAUAAAUAAAAAAAUUAAAGUAAGAAAACUAUAAGCCGAAGAUGCGAUUUUCAAACAAAAUUUUUUUAGUUAAAUAUUUUACUAAAAAUAAUAUGUUUUAAUAAUUUUUUUAUACUUUUUAUAACGCCAUACGAAUAAAAAAUGUAAUGAAUAUUUCAAUUCGAUAUCUAAAAUAUAUUAAUUAAUAUAUUAAUAUUGUAGUUAAAAUUUUAUAUAUUUAUACAUUUUUACAUUUGAUUAUUAUGAAAUGUGCAUAUUAUAAUAAAAAUAAAAUUAAUAGAAAGGUAUACAUCUAUCAAUAAUAUAUUAAAUGUUCAUAGGAUUUAAGUCAAUUUUAAGUAUUCUUAAGGGAAAAAAAAUCAAUAUAGAAAAUUAAUUAUAAUUAAAAUAAAUUGAAUCAUAGACUGCCUCAAUUACUACUUUUAAUAAUAUUAAAAUAUGCAGAUCGAAUUAUUUUAUAAGCGCAAGCAGACUGUCCCACAAAAAAAACCAUUGGAAUUAGUAAAAAAAUCCAAAUCGAUUAGAAAAACAAAGCAUUUCAUUUAAAAUUCAUAUUCUAUAUAUAAAAGAAAAUGUUAUUCAGGUUUUAAAAAUACUUGAGCAUCAAUUUUGAAUUAUAUUAACAGAAGUUAAAAAUGUGUAUUUCUUUUUUACUUAUUUUUU